GCCAGAAAAUGCCUCAACAUGAGAAGUGACAACCAGAGCUUCGUGGGGGAUCCCCCUAAAGUCUUCAUCCUUCUGGGUGUUUCUGACAGGCCAUUGCUGGAACUCCCCCUCUUUGUGGUCCUCCUGGUGUCCUACUUUCUGGCCAUGUUGGGGAACAUUGCCAUCAUCCUGGUCUCCUGGCUGGAUUCCCAGCUCCACAGCCCCAUGUACAUCUUCCUCAGCCACCUUUCCUUCCUGGACCUCUGCUACACCACCACCACGGUCCCUCAGAUGCUGGUUAACAUGGGCAGUUCCGAGAAGACCAUCAGCUUCGGUGGCUGCACAGUGCAGUAUGCAGUUUUCCACUGGCUGGGAUGCACUGAGUGCAUCGUCUUGGCUGCCAUGGCUCUGGACCGCUACGUGGCCAUCUGUGAGCCCCUCCGGUAUGCCAUUAUCAUGCACCGUCUUCUCUGCCAGAAGCUUGUGGCUAUGGCAUGGAUCAGUGGCUUUGGCAACUCCCUUGUUCAGGUAGUCCUGACAGUACAGUUGCCUUUCUGUGGGCGGAAGGUGCUGAACAACUUUUUCUGUGAGGUCCCAGCCAUGAUCAAGCUGUCAUGUGCUGACACAGCUGUGAAUGAUGCCACGCUGGCCGUGCUGGUGGCCUUCUUUGUGCUAGUCCCCCUAGCUCUCAUCCUUCUUUCCUAUGGCUUUAUCGCCCAUGCAGUGAUCAGGAUUCAGUUCUCCAAGGGACGGCACAAGGCCUUGGGGACCUGUUCCUCCCACCUGGUGGUGGUCUCCCUCUUUUACCUACCUGCCAUCUACAUGUACUUGCAGCCCCCUUCCAGCUACUCCCAAGAGCAGGGCAAGUUUAUCUCCCUCUUCUACUCCAUAAUCACCCCCACUCUCAAUCCCUUCAUCUAUACCCUGAGAAAUAAGGACAUGAAGGGAGCUCUGAGAAGACUUCUGGCAAGGAUCUGGAAGCUCUGCAGAAGAUGAAGAUCUGUGAUGUGGCAAUCUCCACUGAUUAAAGAACAUGGGCGAGUGUAUUGUGUGCCC